AUGGACAUUGUUCAAAGAGACUGUAUGAGAGGGGUCCUGCAGAUCAGGGAGCUUACACAGUGGUGCAAUGCAAGUUGGAGAGAAUGCAUAUUGUUGCAAGGGGAUGCACAAGGAGGGACAGGGAAGGUCCGGAAGGUUGUGCAGGAGUGUGCAAGUGAAAGCCAGCUCUUGCCUUGGAAUAAUUUCACAAAUGAAUGUAAUAUUCCUGGAAACUUCAUGUGCAGUAAUGGACGCUGUAUCCCAGGAGCCUGGCAAUGUGAUGGGCUGCCGGACUGCUUUGAUGAAAGUGAUGAAAAGGAAUGCCCAAAAGCAAAAUCUAAAUGUGGUUCCACUUUCUUCCCAUGUUCCAGUGGAAUUCAUUGUAUCAUUGGCCGUUUCCGGUGCAAUGGUUUUGAGGAUUGUCCUGAUGGCAGUGAUGAAGAAAAUUGUACAGCAAAUCCUUUGCUAUGUUCUACUGACCGGUUUCACUGUAGGAAUGGCCUGUGCAUUGAUAAAAGCUUUAUGUGUGACAAUCAAAAUAACUGCCAGGACAACAGUGAUGAAGAAAGCUGUGGAAACUCUCAUGAAGCUGACAGCAAUCAGAAUUACGUGACAACAGAGCCUCAGCUGAUCUUCUAUCCCAGCGUUACCUAUGCAGUCAUUGGCAGCUCUGCUAUUUUUGUGUUGGUAGUGGCGCUCCUUGCCCUAAUUUUGCACCAUCAGCGAAAACGCAACAACCUCAUGACACUUCCCGUUCAUCGACUGCAGCAUCCUGUCCUCCUGUCUCGUCUCGUCGUCCUUGAUCAUCCACAUCAGUGCAAUGUCACCUAUAAUGUUAACAAUGGAGUCCAGUAUAUGACCACCCAGGGCUAUCAUAGACCGCCAGAUUUGGAUUCACCACCAUCUUAUUCAGAAGCUGUGCUAGAUCAGAGCAGACCCCCAUGGUUUGAUCUUCCUCCGCCUCCAUAUUCCUCAGAAACAGGAUCCCGGAAUCACUUAGAUCUUCCUCCAUAUCGUUCUCGAACUGGAAGUGUGGCAAGCACAGAUGCUUCAGAGGCAAGAGGUCCAGAGAUUUUGGACAGCAGUCCAUCAAGAAACCUUUUUACUAGUAUGGAGUGUCACAGUACGCUGCGUGAAAUUACAGCUGAGCAAAGUGACUCUCUGAGCAACUCAAUUUCUGUCUGAACACUGUAAACAAUU